CAUAACAGUUUAUCUUUAUGCUGGUCGUAAUUUGCGGUUUUUGAACACAUCAUAGAGGGUUUAUGAUAUGUGUGUAGAUGAACUUAUUUAAGUGCUUUUCAUUUAAACGCCCACCUCUAGACGGCUACAAUGCGGCGCACAUGUCUAAAUCCUAAGGUACUAUGUUUAUUAUAGAUUAUUUUUGAGUACUUUGUCCUGGGAAAAAUGUAACUGUAAUGAAUCUAACAUGCUACACUUUGAAGUUUUUGGGGGCAACCACCGAUCGAAAAUCUUUGUUAACGGCUAGUGCGCGGGUUGCAGCGGCAAGAGCAUGUCUGCGACUCUACGACGACGCUGCUUACCUUAAAACUACACUUAAAUAUGGUCUUAGAAAACAAGAAGGCCCACUAUGGGGUAGUCUAGGCGUGACAUUCAAUCUAUUCACACUAUCGUACCUACAAGCCGAGAAACUAAUGUUCCUCAUUGACACGGGCCUCCUGGUGGUGAACUCCGACAUUGAGUUUAAAAUAAGAACAGCACAUAAGCUGUUUUGGUCGCUGUUCUCAUUUGUAGGACUUUUAAGAUCAAUUCGAGCACUUCAUGUAUCAGCACAAGCGCUGAACUCUUCGUCCAGAACAAAAUGUGCUCCUGCUCGAUUCGUACAAGCUUCAUUGACAUCCACCAAGGCUCUCCUGGACGUAAUUCACACGGUCAGCUGGCUACCACCAGGCUGGCUGUGGGGCAGUUCAUUGUCUACGCAAAAAGCGAGCGGUAUUGCUACUCUAUCUGCUAUUAUAGGUUUGGUUCUACAUUACCAUGCAAAACAAUUUUGACUUUGAUACGCCGAAAUGACGCCAUAGAGUAUGGUGUACAAAGUCCCUCUGGGAAUUACAGAUUCGAGGGAACUUGAAUGCACAAACCAUAGAGGAUCUAAAAGUUUCCCUACUCUUGGAUCUCGUUCUCUCGUAAGAUUAAAGGUGUUUGUACCUGCUAGCUCAACAAUUAAUAAAGGAUAAUAAUGAUCAUAAUGAACACCUUUGCAUAGCGUGAAGUUUUGGAAAUAACAGAAGAGUAAAGAGAAGAUGUAUAAUAGAAAAAGUAACAAAUAUGUUAAUUAAAAUUAAUAUUUCA